AUGUACGGCUUGUUACUUUCAAUCAAAACUGUAACUGAUCUGAUCAGAGCACUGCCUGUUGGAUUUCUUACUCUAUUCUCCACAAAUGCCAGUUGCACUGUGGUGGAUACCGAACAAGGGUCCUCACUUGGCAAUCCUUCAGAAAAACAGCUCCAAAGUACUUCCACUGACAACACCUCGGCCAGUUCAAUUUCCAAGCCCAGAGUUUUCAAGGACAAAGAUGACAGCCGCUUUACUACUUUCAUGAAUCAUCCUGAAAUCUCUGAAAUAAUCAAUGAGUACUUUGGAUAUCUGAAUCUUGCCCAACACAAAGAGUAUCCAACUAUUAAAGAUGAGAUUUAUGAAGUUGUGGCAAUGAAACUGUACUGGAUAGUUAACACAACGAAAGGUGGCAGCCUUAAAGAAGCAGCAAUUCAAAAAGCUAAGAAAUGGCUAUGCGACUGCUUACACAGAUUCGAACCUUAUAUUCAUCUAAUCGAGGUAUCAGAGUUCAAACUUAACUAUAUUCCGAUCAAAGCAUGGAAGUUCCUCAUUGAUCAUUGCGGAACUAGGGAGUUGUGGAUAUCAAACACUACUAUUGACACUGCAGCACUAAACCACCCAGAUCUCAGUAAGAUGACGGUGUUGCAUUUGAUUGGUGUUGGAUUGACAAAGAUGCCAUGCCUGUAUAAUCUCACAGGUCUUAAACACCUCUAUUUGGGUGAUAAUAAAAUUAAGCAUGUCGAUCUUCAAAGCUAUUUUGAUGCUGAGACGGGUGAAUGCAACCCCAUGCGAAACUUGGAGUAUCUGAGCUUGCGUGGAAAUCUUAUAUUUAAUGUUGAUGCAAGAAUCAAAAAGGUUUUCCCAAAUCCAUCCAUGGAAAUAUAUCUGGAUGAGACAGUUUUACGCCACCCGUUUAGCGAUGUGAAAGAGAAACUGAAAAAAGAAGGCAUCGAACUUACUGGACUAGACCGGGAGAGUGAGAUGGAUUGGAUGUCUCGAACUAAUUAA